UUCCCGGUGCCGGCGGGUAGCCCGGCCUCCAGCAGCAGCGCCAAGCUGCCCCGCCAUCGCUCUAACCCGCGGGAGUCCGAACGCCACGUCUCCCCAACCAGCGGCCCCCCCCCGCCGCCAUCUUGGUAACGCGCCGCCAGGCGGAAACCCACUGCCCCGCGCCAUGGUGCGGGGUAGGGCGCUGUGGAGCUGCUGCCUGCAGCUAGCCGCGCUGCCCUCAGCGUCGGGUGGGCGAGGGAGGAAGCCGCAGCCGUUCAACGGCUCCUCCUGGAGAGCCCCGGAGCCGCCGCGCAGGGGGUGGAGCGGCACCAUGGAAGAGGAGGAGGAGGAGGAGGAGGAGGAGGAGGACGAGCCUCCUCAGGGACGGCAGCAGCCCGGGAGCUCUCCUCAAAAAGAUAUGGAUAAGAAGAUGGAUGAAGAGCAGCCUCUGACUGCAUGUAGCCAGUACCCUAAAGAAGCAGUGAGGAGACGUCAGAGCUCGGGUCAGGGUUCCAGGGGCAGUGAUUCUUCCAGGACCUCCAGGAAAAGCUUCAGGCUGGACUACAGAUUAGAAGAGGAUGUCACUAAAUCAAAGAGAGGCAAAGAUGGGAAGUUUGUCAACCCAUGGCCAACGUGGAAAUCACCGACCUUGCCAAAUGUUUUGAAAUGGUCCUUCAUGGAAAAAAAUAAUAGCAACGUGCCAUGCUCGAAGCAGGAACUGGAUAAAGUGCUUCCUGUGUUAAAACCUUACUUUGUUGAAAAGCCAGAACUUGCUGGGAAGACCGGAACUGGUCUGCGAGUCACGUGGCUGGGACAUGCUUCCGUUAUGGUGGAAAUGGAUGAACUUAUAUUCCUUACUGACCCAAUCUUCAGCCAGCGAGCUUCUCCCACUCAGCUGGUGGGUCCCAAGCGCUUCCGAGGACCUCCGUGCACCGUAGAGCAGCUCCCCAAGAUAGAUGCAGUCAUGAUCAGCCACACUCACUAUGAUCACUUGGACUACAACACUGUAAUGAGUCUGAAUGAGCGUUUUGGGAGUGAGCUGCGCUGGUUUGUGCCUCUAGGGCUAUUGGGCUGGAUGCAGAGAUGUGGUUGUGAGAAUGUGAUAGAACUGGACUGGUGGGAAGAGAACUGUGUCCCUGGUCAUGAUGCGGUAACUUUUGUCUUCACCCCUUCGCAACAUUGGUGCAAAAGGACUGUGAUAGAUGAUAACAAGGUUCUUUGGGGCAGCUGGUCUGUCUUAGGACCAUGGAACAGGUUUUUCUUUUCAGGAGAUACUGGAUAUUGUGUUGCUUUUGAACAGAUAGGCAAAAGGUUUGGACCUUUCGAUCUUGCAGCCAUCUCCAUUGGAGCUUAUGAGCCAAGGUGGUUUAUGAAAUACCAGCAUGUGGAUCCUGAAGAAGCAGUAAGAAUCCACAUUGAUGUUCAAGCAAAGAAGUCUGUAGCAGUUCAUUGGGGGACCUUUGCUUUAGCAAAUGAGUAUUACCUGGAUCCUCCAGUUAAACUGAAUGAAGCUCUUGAAAGAUACGGCUUGAAAAAAGAUGACUUCUUUGUCUUAAACCAUGGAGAAUCACGGGACUUGAGUACAAAUGAUGGGUUUGAAUAACAAAAGAGUAGCAGAUCCCUGUAAGCCCUCUUUGAUUUGAGCUAGCAAUUAAUGUUACAAAUAUUACUAGGAUGUACUUGCAAAGUAGAUUUUGGGGGGGGGGUGAAUUGGAUUUGUAGAUGCUGGGUUUGUCGGUUACAGAACUAAAACUUGCAUACCAAUUUCAUGCUAAAUUUCACUAGUUAUAUUGUUUAUCAAUUUUGAGGUGAUGGAAGAACUGGUUAAUAUGUAAGGUAUUGUCUGGGAAUAACUUGCAGUUUCAACUCUUAUGUACACCACUGAUAAAUUACUGGGGUUUUGGGGGCUUUUUUGAACUCUUCAUCUUACCUGCAGCAGCAAUAAUAACCUCAGUGCAGGACAUACUCUUAGAGUUAAUGGCUGACUUGAACUAGUUUUUGUUAGAAUGUCAUCUCCCACUUGUUGGUCAUUAAUCUUCAGUUUAUGCCCUGUACCUCGAUAGCUUCACUGUAUGUUUUGUGGGGUGGAGUCUUCCAAUACAGCUGUGUUGUUAAGCACAAGCACAGUAAAAGAAUUAUUUUACUGACUGCUUCUACAUUUUCAUAUACUGACGAACCACAAAAGCUGCAUUUUACAGUGAUAUAAAGAAACGUGCCUUUCAGAGAUAGACAUAGUUUAAUAUUGCGUCACUCGUGUAACACUUAACUGCUGGCCAGAGUAUUCUUUGUUUUGUCAAUGUUUUUAAGUUAGGCCAGAACAUGUCUAAAUGCAGUACAUGAAAUGGAAGAAUCCCUUAAUGGCACUUGUCUUUACAUUGACUCAGCCUAUUACUAAGUACUUUUAAGUGAAAUAUAUUUAGCAAGGGCUGUGGUAUUUUUUUUCUUACAGCUUCCCUGUAAUUUUUAAGUUGAAUGAGAGAUGACAACAUUGCUCACUAUUGUAAAACUUGGCUAAAUGUAUCUGAAUCAAAUUGCCAUGCUAAUUUACAGAAUUAAAGCCUAUUAUUGCCAAUAAAAAGGGUUGUUAUUCUC